UCCUGACGCACGCAAAUGACUACGCUUUGGAUAUACGAAAAUUAACUUUUUAAAUAAGCUGAUAAGAUCUAGUCUUCAAAAACCCGCGUCAUACAGGGCAUUUCAAGUGAGUGUCAAACUGUACCACAACGGUCAUGCAGAAAAAAGGAAACAGUCAGAAGGAGCUAAUAAGAACCCAAAGAUAGAAAACGUAACCCACCUGGAGGCGCAGGAAAGCGACGACGCUGUAAACAAGACGCGUUUGGUUUUAGUUUUGCGUCUGAUUGGUGGAGAGGAUGACAAAUGAGUUGAGUUGUGAAAAAUAGCUGAAAUUAAGCAUCACUCGUUGUGAAUAGUAAUUCGAGAACCAACGGGUCAGAUAGCUGAUGAACUAGGGCAGAACAGCGUGAGGCAAACUUUACUCAAUUCUUCCGAGUGCGUUUUGAAUACAACUUAACUUUGCUGCGAGAGUGAUGUCUUCAACGCCAAAAGACUGUAGAUGCAGAGGAUUCAUCCAGUGAUGGAGCCUUCGAGGAACUUCACAAGCACAUCAAUGACGUCUAUGACAUUCUGAAGCACGAGACAAACAAGCUUCGCAAGGAGAAAGAAGCUUUUGACGAGGUGGCGAAGAAGCUUGAACAUGUUCACUUCCCAAAGAUGUUGAAACUGAAUGUCGGCGGCCAUAUGUUCACGACAAGUCUAGAGACCAUGACUAAAGAUCCAGGUAAUUUGACCGUUACUUAGAAUAUUACAAAGUGAUAUCUGUUAAAUGAACGUCGAGAGGUCAGGAAAGUUUUAAUGAUCUUUGUGAAGACGUAUUCCGAUGGUUUUUAAAACUACGAAAGCCAAAUGUUGGUGGUUCUAUUGUUUUGUAGCCGAAAAUAUAAACAGUAAGGAGGUAACGAUGUACUAAAAAAGAGAAAUGAAGAAUGAAGAACAACUACUGGCCCGACAAAUUUUACAUAAAAUAAGAACCGUGACGGAAGCUGAAACUUUCACUUUCAAAUUGUUUGGCUCGAGGAGUCACUCAUGCCCAAACGAACGACUUAAUCUUCCGCUUUUAAUCAAAGGUGCUCCCAAUUAAUAGAGGAAACCAGUUGCGGUGCAUUUGCCAUGUAUGGAAUUGACUGGAAAGAUUCCGUUAAGGAAAUUGCCGAUUUUCGAUUAUUUGGUGGGCAGACAAACACUAAAGGGGCAAAGAUAAACAGCCCGAAUAUUUUAUAAUUCGUGACGGAGGUGACACUAUUUUUUAAAGGGUUUGGCUCAAGGAAUCACUUAUUCACUCGCAUCUUAACGAUUCAACUAGAAAUGGGCCACUAAACUUUAAAAUAUUCAGUUAUUCAAUCGCCUUUUCUUAUGAAUUCCGGAAGAUUCUCUUGAUUGACGGUAAAGAACAACUUUUUUUCUUAGAAUAGUACACAGAUAAUUCGUUUGGCCCUUUACACUCUAAAAUAAGAAUGCAUAUUCUCGACAAAGUUCUCCAUCAGUACAUAUCCGUUUUUUUUUGUUUUUUUUUUUAUAUAUAUAAAGCGGAUGUGUUCGUUUUAAUUCGAUUUUAAAUUCAAUGCGUUUUAUGCAGUGUGCUCUUUCAAAAUAUGCACCACGGAUGAUUUUAUAAAAACUAUUUAAUGAUUGUAUGAUAUCUUCACAAUGUUUAAACGCAGUAAAGACAAAAGGGCAUUGUUCCAACCACCCCUACCUCUCUCUUGAACCACAGUGGGAGUGCCAUUUAGUAUGCAUACCCGAAGAUCAGUGUACAAGCAUGUAUUUGACAUAAGCUGAUUUCUUGGCGAAAUAUGUUUUUGCUCCUUAUCGCAGGUUCCAUGUUACACGCCAUGUUUUCAAGCAGAUUUGACACAAAACCUGGCGAGGAUGGAUCUUACUUCAUUGAUCGAGAUGGAACCCACUUCCGUUACAUCCUGAAUUAUCUGCGCACGGGGGAGCUUAUCGUUCCUAAUGACGAGAUCAUUCGCAGAGAGCUGCUGGCAGAAGCCAAAUUUUAUCAGGUUGAAGAAAUGAUAAACGAGCUGGAACCAACGCCAUCAGCAGAUUCAAUCCCGGCUGUAGUUCAACCGUUCAAGGAUUCAGUGAUUCUCUCGUCCAGUCAGGGGCAGACUUUGAUGAAUCGGUUGAAGAGCACACCAAGCUUUUCCAACAGCGAUGAGCUUUUGUUGUACCGAGCUUCCCGGGAUGGUUGGGCUUCUUCCACUUCCACUCCUAUUGUGAUAACAAAGGAUCAACAGUUACAGUGAUCAAGAGUGGAAAUAACAUAUUUGGAGGAUAUACUGAACAAAGUUGGCAGA